AUGCUCCGCUCGGUCGUUUGCUCUCCUCGCUCCUCUUUCCUCUCUUUUAAUGGCAGUCGUCGUGCCAAUGUUCGCGUGUCACUUGGAUCCUCGUACCUGCAGCAUUGGACACGGUCUUUUGGAGCGUCAAACGAAGACAAUAAGACGUCGGUCAUGCUACAGGUAGAGGACGGUCCUGGCGCGCUACAGGAAACGCUCAAGUUUUUCUGGAAGCAUGAUGUGAACAUGACGCGCAUCGAGUCACGUCCGGCUAAAGGCCAUAACAUGAACUAUUGCUUUUACAUUGAUUUUGAGGGCAAGCGUGGUCAACCAAUGGUAGACGAGCUCAUGGCGGACCUUUCGAAGAAUUGUUUGGACGUCAUAGUGCUUCACGACAAGAAGGUGCCGUGGUUCCCUCGCAAGAUCAAAGAGCUUGACCGCUCGGUGUCCAACAUCCUUGAUGCCGGAACGGAUCUGGAAUCGGACCAUCCGGGCUUCAGCGACCAAGAGUACCGUAGACGCCGGAACAUAUUUGCUGAUAUCGCCCAUAACCACCGCCAGGGAGAUGCCAUUCCGCAUAUAGACUACACCAAAGAUGAGGUGAAAACUUGGGGAGUCAUUUACAAACGGAUGAAGAAGAUGUGGAAGCAACACGCGUGUGAUGAGUUCAAUUAUAUUGUCCCGCUACUCGAGAGCAAUUGUGGGUACGCUGAGGACAACAUCCCGCAGCAGCAGGAUAUCUCAAACUUCCUAAAGGAGUGUACGGGUUUCGUUCUGCGUCCUGUGGGAGGGCUUCUGUCGGCACGUGACUUUCUGAAUGGACUUGCGUUUCGAGUCUUUUUCUCGACUCAAUACAUUCGCCACCAUUCGAUGCCGUUGUACACGCCGGAGCCCGAUAUUUGCCAUGAGCUCAUGGGCCACGCACCAAUGUUUGCUGACCCUGACUUUGCAGACUUCUCGCAUGAAGUUGGUCUUGCCUCUCUCGGAGCAUCAGACGAAGAGAUCGAACGUCUUGCCACUUGCUACUGGUUUUCUGUUGAAUUCGGACUUACGAAGCAGCAUGGCAAGUACAAGGCGUAUGGAGCUGGACUGCUUUCUAGUUUUGGCGAGAUGGAGUAUGCCUGUGCGAACAACAGUCCUGCGGAGACUGAUGUGCCGGAAUACCGUUCUUGGGAUCCAUUUUCGGCUUGCAAGCAGAAGUAUCCUAUAACGACCUACCAGCCUGUGUACUACGUGGCUGACAGCUUGUUUGACGCCAAGGAAAAGAUGCGUGGUUUUUGUGAAGACCUAAAGAAGCCUUUCCAAGCUCGGUACAACCCGUACUCUCAGACGGUGACAAUUGACCGUGCCGUUCAGCGCCUGUAG